AUACUCACCUUAAUUGGAGCUAGGUUUGUGCGGAUUCCAGGGACGGCAUCUGCAGAAAAUCCAAGAGGAACUAUGGUAGAAGUUUACGGGAAGCAAGAUGAUUCCGGUGGCUUCUGCGUAUCUGGCACUCACCUGCAGCUCCAACACCUCCUAAGUUAUAACCAAUGUCUUCCUUAGCUCCAACUUCAUGCAGAAGCAGCUGGUCACGACGAGUUCGUGGAAUUGUGAUUCAGCCCGACCAAAUCAGUAAUACUAAUCCUCAUUGAUACUGUUUGACAAGUUACCAGAGGUACUUUUUCUUCUGUACAUUCUGGAAGCACGUAAGACAUUUUACAGUUUAUUUAAAUAAUUGGUUGUGAAAUUACACGUAAAUUACAAUUUGUCAAGAAUCUUGUAUAUAUAUACUGCUAUCUUUCAAAUAAUCGAAGUCUAGAAACAGCCGUUAAUUUUGAAUGGGUAGGUGAAAGGUUAGCCAUCGUUUGAUGUUUCUUGGAAAACAGAAGAGAAACGUGUAGGAUGUAGCCUUUUUAAAGUCAAGUCAGCCAGAGCGGGUUAUUCAACAUAUGGCGAUGAAUUCAAACUUAGGAUUUGCGAUUAUUUAAAAGACUGUUGACCUUUUGGUUGCCUUCUGAUGGUUAAACAAUGACCAUUACCUCUACAAAACUAGUUGUGAUUAGUAAGGAUAAUUUCCCAUGAAGCUAGUAGAGAUUCAUGGAAUCGGAUUCAGAGCUCCCGAGCGAAAUUAUUGGCUUUCAGAUACUUUCGAGGAUAUCCACGAAGUCUCUGAUGCGCUUCAAAUCCGUAUGCAAGUCUUGGUCAUCUCUCAUCCGCAACCCUUCCUUUGUCAAUGCCCAUCGGAAAUUCUACCGCAACAAGCACAGUCACCUCCUCCUCACCACCUGGGACGAAUCUGCAAGGCAGCAACACUUCUUUUCAGUAAAAAUCAACCAAGAAGGAAGUCCAACUCUUGUCACCCACCUUCUAAAACUUCCAACACCGCCAGGCAAGAAUGUUGAACGUCUCUACGAAGCACUGAGUAUCAACGGCUUAGUCUGUCUUUACCUUUCUGACUCCUUGUUUCCCAAUCAAACCGAUCACAACCAUCCUGUUCGAAUAUUCAAUCCGUGCACCCGAGAGUGUAUAGUUCUUCCUCAUGAUUCACCUGCGUACCGCACCAUCCGUGUUACGCACCACUUUGGGUUCAGUUCUCAUACGAACGAGUAUAAGGUCCUUCAAGUGAAAAGGUUUCAGCCUCUAAAUUCGACAAGGGACAUGAGUUUCAUGGUCAAGAUUUUCAAACUAGGUACAAGUUCAUGGAGACGGAUAGAGGCAGACAUUAACGAUCUCCCAUUUGAUCCACUGAAGUGCCAGUUUGAAAGGAGAAGUGUGUGCGUCCAUGGAGCCAUACAUUGGAUGCAUGACUCAACACAAAAUAUUAUAGCGGUUUUCGACCUUAAAGAUGAGAGAUUCAGAGCCAUCCCACUCCCUGAAGACUACGAUUACAGAAUUCAUGGUAUUAACGAUAAGCUUGGGAACAUAUUUGAAAUGGAAGGGUGUUUGGCUCUAAUAGGUGACAAACAGUUGAGGCAGAUGAAUACGAUGGAAUUAUGGAUUUUGAAGGACUACCAAAACCAGGUGUGGGUUAAGGAAACUAUCACCUUUCCGUUUAGUUGGACGGAGUUAGGGUACCCUGUUCCUUUCUAUACAAUUCACACCAGCGAGCUCCUCCUCCUCCAAUCAUCGAGAUUACUCCGGCAAGAUUCGUCAGAAGCGAGGGUGCUUUUUUACAAUUUGAAGAGUAGAAGUUUUAGAAGUGAAAGUGUUUUUCCAGAAUCGAUACUUCCUAAUGAUAUUCGGUUGAAGUUACUUGCUCAUUAUGAUGACAGUAUUGUCCCUUUAAGGUGAGAUGACUUAUUUCAUCCUCAAGCUUCAAUUCCAUAUUUUUCUUUUGAGUUGCAACUUUGUUCAUCUGUUAAAAAGAAUGCAUUUGAAGAAAAAGAGGACCUAACCUAAUUAAGGUUCGGUGUUUUAACAUUUUAUUCAACAAUUGUCGUUUAUGAAAUAUGAAUGUAGAACUUCCCAAGGAAGUGGAAGCUUUGGUGUCCAA